UAUAAACUAACCCUCGUACGCAGAACAUGUACAACGAAACCAAAAAUUCACUCACCCUCCUGUUCUGUUCUUCUUAAGCGCAUGGCGAUAUCGAAGUCUUUUGAAAGCAAAGGUGAAGGUGGACCAGUGGACCGGGACGCUGUGGCGUCACUUUCCUCUCACUUCGGCAAUCUACAAAUCGUCGAUGAUGCUUCCACUGCGGAUGCAGAUCAUGAUCAACCCAACUGCGUUCAGGGUGGCAGGACAACAUCCUGCUCCGAAUCUUCCGACCCCUCUGGAUCAUGUGAUAAUCUACCUCGUGACAACAAGCUAGCUCAUGAAGUUUAUGAUGAUUUUGACUACCAAGAAGAUGAAGUAUGGUCUGAUGCUGAUUCCAAUGACUCAAGCUACUUCUUGGACGAUGACAUAUUGUUUUCCGACGAUGGCCCGCUCUACGUGGUGCGCGACUAUUUCCUAGCUGACGCUGGGAUCGCAACUCGAACUCAACCUCCCUCCGCAGACAGGGUCAUCUUCUCGAUCCACUUUAGCGUGCAUAUGUCAUCUCCGGGCAUCCGCGAUCUAUCCGACAGGGUUAAUGAUACAGCCAUCCAAGCCCUUGCUGAUGUCCUGAUCAAUUCAAACGGGGAGGCCAUUGCCCCCUUCUUGUCCUCGCUCGAAGUCCCAGAAGAUCACCACCCACUGAUUCUUGAACGGAUUGUCAACACGGCCAAUACGAUGCUCGCAGAUCCUCGGCAUGCUCUAAGGCAAAUAUUCUCCAUGCAUGUAUUCAUAUCAGAUGGUGAGCCGGCGGUGGAGCAGGCGAUAGCUCCUCCUGAAUGGGAAGCUACACCCACCGAUACAAGAGAAGUCACAAGAGAAGAAGAGAAUUACUCGUAUGGUAUUCCGGCCACAGAAUCUUCGAUUAAAGCCUUGAAGAGAAUCAGCUCCGAACGGCCCUGUGACGGCCAGAGCAAAUGCUCCAUAUGCAUGGAGGAGUAUGAGCUCGUCGAGAUGGAGAUGAACCUAACGGAGAUGCCGUGCUCUCAUGUGUUCCAUUGUGAUUGCAUCGAGAAGUGGCUACAGACGAGCCACAUGUGUCCGCUCUGCCGCUACCAAUUGCCAUGCAUAGAAGCCGACUCCGGGGAUCUGUUCCCCUGAGAAUAGUAGCUUUGCUCGCCCCCACCCUCCUCUAAUUAUUUUGGUUAGCAUUCCUUGGUUGUACGGAAUAUUCAGUAGAUGAGAAGAACAUGUAGAUUGCAUGCUACAAGCAAUAAAAGAAAACUCUGGAUUGUUUAGGGCAGCCAUAAAGUGAAUAACAAUCUAGAUGACAAUAUUCAGUAGUAAAUAUAAGACUACAAGUCUCUUUAUUUAAGCAAAGACACAGUUCAAAUAUCUAAAAUCAUCUUGAUUGAGAACCGACACAAUAUUGUCAAUCUCUUCUUG